CUGACAUUUCUAGUGGGUGUUUGUUUUUCUUUUUUAACAUGCCAAGGUGUGACAAUUUUAUUUUCAGAGCUCGUAACAGUCGGGAGUUCGCGAGAUGUCAAAGAUUAUAGAUAAGCUUUGGCGAGAUGUAUUUAUCUGAUUAUCAUAUCCCUGUGGAUUCUCUGAAUAAUGCAACUCCCCUGAAAUACUCCGUAUUAAUUGUAUUGUGAUAAUAUUUUGUGGAGUAUCUGAAAUGAAGUAGAUACCUACUUCGUUAGGAGAUAAGCACUUUUUAGCGUAUGUUCAGUCGAACACCUCUCCAAAAUGUCUGGAGGUGCGAAGAAAAAGCCCACCAAAACACAAGGAUGGGAAGAAGCGGGUUCAGAGUUUUAUCAAGAGAGCUACCCUGCUGCAGAUGGAGAACUAGACGUUUUCCAAAAAGAUCCACAACAUUUGGCCACCUUAUUACCUAGUAAACAAACAAGAGCAGUGACGACAUUGCAAGCUACAAUACGCAUGAGAACAAAUAGAAGUACUUCCGAAAGAACAAUGCGAAGACAAGCUACUUUGAGAUCAAGAAAAGACUCGACAGUACACAGGAGAGCUUCAACUACCCAAGAUGUUCAAGUUUCCAUGUUACCUGAUCUGUCGGAGAAUAUUUCAAAUGAACAGACUAUAUGGGAAGAGAUAAUGCAAAUUAAAACUAUGCCUAUACCAAUGGCCCAAAAAAAGGAACUGAAAGCUAAAAUUUUGAACCAGCCUAAUUUACGCUUACAAGGAUAUGAGCAGUUCAAAUGGAAAAGAAGAAAACUGUGGAAAAAAUUUCACACUAGAUUGUCAGAGUACUAUGAUAAAAUUGAAGUAUGGAAAGGAGAUCUCAAGACGAUUGAAGGUCGUUUUGGCACAGGGGUUGUAUCAUAUUUUCUCUUCCUUAAGUGGCUCUUAUUCUUAAAUAUUUUUAUAUUUGCAAUUAUAUUCAGUUUCAUCACAUUGCCAUAUGUGCUCUGGAACCCCGAACAAAUAGAAAGUAAUUACACAAAUACUACAAGUUCCGUGUGUUCAGAAGAAAUCAAUCCUGUCAUUACAGUUUUGAAUUUGGUGCAAGGUACAGGUUUUAUGGAAUGUACAUAUUUAUUUUACGGUUAUUAUCCUUCCGAAAUUUUGAAUUAUUCAAUUGGUAAUGCCAACAUAUUCUACAAUUUUCCCCUAGCGUAUGUUAUAGUGACUUUAGUAUACUUAAUCGUAUCUUUGAUGUGCAUGGUCAAAGCAGGUGCCAAGGGGUUCAAAGAAAGACUGAUUGAAGGCGAAGGCCAAUUCUACCUUUACUGUAACAUGAUAUUUGGAGGAUGGGAUUUUUGUAUACACGAUGCUAAAUCAGCAGCAAUCAAACAUCAAGCCAUAUAUAAUGAGAUAAAAGGAAAUUUAGAAGCUGAAAGAAUAGAAGACGAGAGACAAAACAGAACAAGUAGCGAACGAACAAAAUUAUAUUUGAUAAGAAUUCUCGUGAAUUCUGUCGUUUUAGGGAUUUUGAUUUUCUGUGGUUGUGCGAUAUAUUUCAUUUUCAGCUUCUGCACUGAAAAGCUCAAAGAAUUCAUAGAAGACGCGCUGAACUAUGAAAAACUGUUCUAUGAGUUUCUACCCUCUUUGACUAUUGUCGGUUUGAAUAUGGUGAUUCCAUUUAUUUUUCGAUAUCUGAUAAUUUUCGAGAACUACUCACCAAUAUUCGUGGUGAGAUUGACAUUGUUCAGGACAGUAUUCCUCAGGAUGGCAGCGUUGAUUGUUUUUUAUGCUUCUUUAUAUGCCAAAAUUACUUGUAAAGGGGAUAAAUGCAGGUCGUCCACUAAAUGUUGGGAAACCUACGUGGGUCAACAAAUUUACAAGCUUUUUCUCACGGAUUUCGUUUCGACCAUAAUGGUUACGUUUUUUAUAAAUUUUCCGAGAUCUCUCAUCGCCAAACAUUUCAACAACAGAUUUUGUACGUUUAUCGGUGCACAAACUUUCGACUUACCAAAGCACGUCCUUGAUGUAGUUUACACUCAGACUCUUGUUUGGAUUGGUUGCUUUUACACCCCCCUUCUCUCAUUUAUGGCUGUUAUCCACUUGUUUUGUAUAUUUUACGUCAAAAAAUUCGCCUGUUUGUUCAAUUCUGAGCCUAGUGGAAUAAUAUAUAGGGUGUCACGAUCAAACUCCAUGUUCAUGAUAGUCUUAUUAGUUUCUUUCGUAUUCGCCCUGUUACCAUUGAUGUUUUCUGUAUCAGAACUUGUACCGUCUUCAAGCUGCGGUCCGUUUCAAAACGUCCCUUAUGUUUGGUAUACUGUACAAAAAGUUUUUUAUGACGCCCCCAAAUGGUUGCAAGAUUUCAUUUCUUUCUUGAGUACUGCAGGAUUCGCCGUACCUGUACUUAUGCUCUUAUCUCUUUUGUUGUAUUAUUACACGGCUGUCAAUUCAGCUAAUAGACAUAUGGUUAAAGUGUUGAAGAAUCAGUUGGUACUUGAAGGACAUGACAAACAAUUUUUAUUAGAAAGACUCAGUAUGUUCAUCAAGCAACAGCAAGAGAAUCAGAAGAGAAUGAGAAGAAUUGAAAUGGCGCAAGAAGCUGAAAGAAAUAAAAACAGUUCUUGAACACCGGUCAUAGUGUAUAUUAAUCAUAUCAUGAGAUUUAUUGGUAGUCAUUUUUUAUUUUGAAAUAAUAAAGUUGGAUAUUUUCUGUACACUCCUCAAGAAACUGAAAAGGAAAU